GCCCGCUCUGAGAUUUGAUCAUGCUUGUGUUUUGGGAUCUUCUUCUUGAAGGAGGAACAGCAGGUGAUUCUCAGAGCCUACUAAAUAAGCGUGGCACUUCAAAAUGCUGAAGGGAGCUCAGCAGUUCGUUGGCAAAUCCCUCCAACCAGCGCUACCUGCGUCCCAUUUGCCUUCUAAACAAGCAUCAGAAGUUGCUUUCAACUUUCAGACUGAAUUACCUAGCAAUGCUCAAGUAUGUUUGCAGAGUAAGGUUGACUGGUUAUCUGAAGUGACUGAAAUGAAGAUCUUAACUCAAAACACAGUGCCUCUUCAACCCAAACAGGAAUUGGAUGCAAAAAAAGAAAGGAUCAAAUACAGCAGAGAUUUCCUCUUGGAGCUUUCAAGCGUUUCGCUCUCUCAGAAGAAGCCAGAGUUUCUGCCUGAUCAUCCAAUUGUACUUGAAAAACCAGAAAACAGCAACCCUUUUGUUGACAUAUACAAGAAGUGACAGGUAGCUUGGAAGAUGAGAAAUCCAUCAGUGAAGGAGCUACAUGUAAUGUAGACCUUCAAGAUUUUUAAAGGUACUUGGGUGCCUACACGUGAACACAGGAGCUUACAAAGUCUGUACAAAUACCUGUUUCUAUUUGUAAUUUCCAGAAUGCUUCAGAAGGCAAAAUACUUCGUAGCACCUGAGAUGGUAGUACA